AUGCAUUUCCCAAUACUCCCUACCAUUCUGCAAACCACUUCUCUUGCAACUUCAACAACCCUCCUCGCUCUAUCUGCUGUUACAGUCUACCUUACCACAGACUACACAACCUCGCUAGAUCAUAGAGUUCCAGCAGGGUCUUACAAAUGGGUCGGACACCUUGGCUCACCUGAGCGCGGCGCGUACUGGCACGCUGUCGGCUCUGGAGGUAAAGACUUUAACAUAGUGACACUAGAGUAUGUGACCAGCAACGACAUCUGGAUUCUGACGAGUGGGUGUGUUGGCCUGGUUGCUGGACUGAUGGGAUGGCUGGUUGUGUGGUGGAUGUCAAGAAAGGAGAAGCACCCAACAGCUCAUCCCUCUAGCUUUACAUGGAUGCUUGUUUCUUCGAUCUUCUUCGGGUCUGCGGCGCUCGCUAUGUCGCUCACGUCUACAAUCUUCACAUCACAAACUAAGGCCCGUCUGCAAGAUGCAACUUGCAUACCAAAUUCUGUCUAUACACCUACCAAUAACUACUUCAUUCGCACGCGCGAGCUAGCUGCUUGCGACCAACUAGAAAAUGUCUAUAUGGAGAAUAUGGGGUGGAGCGAGAGGAUGUGCAGAGAGGCGAGAGCGAGCAGAAUGAUGUUGGCGCCAACUUUGGUUUGCGCAGUAGUCUUGAUCGUCGUGUGGAUUGCGCAGGUUGUUGUCAGCAGGAAGCGGAAUGCUGUUGUCGCUGAUAUGAGAGUGCAGAGGCUUCAGCAGGAAGACAAGUGGGACAAGUCGACGGUGUAUGAGCCCAUGAGGUAUGACAUACGAAAGAAGGCGUGA